AGUGUAUAAUUCGGUGUUGGUGUUAAAUGAAAAAUAACGUCAAGAGCCAGUGAAACAGACACGGGCUUGGACGGAAUUGGUAGGAGAGCAGUGGUGAAGAGGAUGGUGAUUAUCGCAAAUUCAUCUCGGUGAAUUAUUUUGUUGAUAUAAAAAACAACUUAUAACACAUCUAGCUAAAUGGCGGAUUCGAGGUAGUGAGGGGUGAUCGAGCGGAAAAUGGGAACUGGACAUGCAGUGAGGUACUGACACCGGUGUGAAAAACGGAGAGGAAGAAAAGUGAGAGUGGAGACCACUAAUCGAUAUCAAAGCGGCUUUCCAGAAAGCAGGCAACACGUCCUACAGGGGAAAUGACAAAAGGGUGAUGGCCGAGGGAUAACGGCAAGGACUCUCAGCCCUUCCACCCCUCCACCCCUUCCACCCCCUGUUUCUUCUUUUUUAUCUUAUCCAAACACCUCUCUCCUCUCCCUGUUUAAAUUUUUUUUUUUUACUUUCCUGUUUUUCUCAAUUUUCCGUUGAGCCAACUCACUCUCCUGCUCCUCUAUUUAAUGGAGGACAGCCAAGCCGAUAACAACAAAGCACGUCUCCAUCUCCGUCCAGCAAUAGAAGUUCUGGAUCGUUCUCCUGUCGUGUUAUUGAUGACAAAAUGAUUGGAUGAGAAGUAAGGAUCAUAUGAUUGGACCUCAGUUCUCUCCACCCCUAUUGGACAACGUUUUUUCUUUCUCAUCUUUGUGUUUUCUUUGGACCCUAUUGGCUGUUUGUCACUUCAACACUGUCCCACCUCAACUGUUUUCUUUUCCUCACUGUAGUCCAUCCUCUGAUGUCAUUGGGCCAUGGUUCGCAAGAGAGGCUCCCUUAUCUUGUGUGGAGCUUUCCUAUUCGUCGCCUGCAAUGGCUUGCUUCUCCUGUUCCUUUGGGGACGAACUCCCAUUGGUCGCUUUGGGGAAGGGGGCGGGGCUGAACCAGGAGGGCGGGAAGAGUGGGGUGUGGCCAAAAUAAAAGGGGGUGGGACUAAUCUGGCUGGCGAGGUGAUCCGAUUGGCCGAAGAGGUAGAAUCGGAACUCGAGACCCAGAAGGAACUUCUGAAGCAGAUUCAGAGUCACAGGUCACUAUGGGAAAAGAGGAAAGGGAUGGGAAAAAGACAGACGGAUGGAGGGAAGGUAGAAAAUAAAGAGGAGGAACACAAACCGAUACCACAGUUGUCUGCAGUACCUCCAACGGAUGAUUCAGAGAACAAGGACCAAAGUCAAGAGGAAAAUACACCGGAAUUGAUCAUUACAGCAGUCCAAAACCCUGAAGUAGACAGAAAACUGGACAAUGAAAUAAAAGAGCUGACCGACUACACCAAAUUGGAAGUCACUGUCAUCAGCCCACAAGUUGUCAUUCCCAUAUUGGUCAUCGCCUGUGACAGAGUGACUGUGAAAAGGAGUCUUGACAAGUUGAUCCAAUACCGCCCCUCUGCAGAACUCUACCCAAUCAUAGUUAGUCAGGACUGUGGCCAUGCUGAGACAGCCCAAGUGAUUGGCUCAUAUGGCAGUCAGGUGACCCACAUUAGCCAACCAGACCUCUCGAACAUCCGGGUACGGCCGGAGCACAGAAAGUUCCAGGGCUACUAUAAGAUUGCCAGACACUACCGCUGGGCCCUCAACCAGGUGUUCAACACACUCUCUCACUCCACCGUAGUGAUUGUGGAAGAUGACUUGGAGGUGGCCCCAGACUUCUUUGAGUACUUCCGUGCCCUCCACCCCAUCUUGACCUCUGACCCCACCCUGUGGUGUGCGUCUGCCUGGAACGACAACGGCAGGGAGGGGCUGGUGGACCCUGGGAAGGCGGACCUCCUCUACAGGACAGACUUCUUCCCUGGGCUGGGCUGGAUGCUGCUGAAGGACAUCUGGGCAGAACUAGAACCCAAGUGGCCCACGGCCUUCUGGGACGACUGGAUGCGUCACCCCGAGCAGCGUAAAGAACGCUCCUGCAUCCGCCCAGAGAUCUCCAGAACUAUGACCUUUGGACGCAAGGGUGUCAGCUUGGGUCAGUUCUUUGACCAGUAUCUGCGUUAUAUUAAACUCAACACUGACUUUGUGCCUUUCACCAAACAGGAUCUGUCUUACUUGAUGAAGGAGAACUUUGACGUGAACUUUGUGAAGCAGGUUUACAGCGCCCCCCUGGUUAAGGUGGAGGAGCUACAACAAGGGGGAGGUUUGACGGGAACAGGUCCGUACCGGGUGCAAUAUUCCAGCCGGGACAAUUUUAAGGUUCUGGCCCGUAACUUAGGGGUGAUGGAUGACUUGAAAUCGGGGGUUCCCCGUGCGGGUUACAGGGGUGUGGUUAGCUUCCUGUCCCGUGGACGACGGGUCUUCUUGACCCCACCUGAGGGAUGGACAAAGUACAACGUCAGCUGGAGCUGAAAUGUUUGGACAGGACUUAGUGCGAAUGUUAUCGAAGACAGACUCGACAGAGAGGAACACCCUCUCAAACCAAAGAAAACAAGGUAACAUGAAGGAACUGAAGCUAAACAGACCGGUGUGUGAAGGGAUUGGAUAUGUGUGAUAGAGUAAGACACUCGUUUUAUGAGUGAAAACCUGAAUGCAGUGUGACACAGGGCAACACCCAGGCAGUGAAACCACAUAGCACGUCUCACAGAAAUGACAAACCAUUUAAUGCUUGGUUGUUCUCCUGCUAGAGCUGGAACGCUUUAUGGUAGGGGUGUCAAUCAUUCCAUGGAGGGCUUAGUGUUUUUUUUAUAAUGACCUAGACGACCAGGUGAGGGGAGUUCCUUACUGAGACCUAGACGACCAGGUGAGG